AGAUUAUGUGACUUUAUCACUUCCUCCCCUACCCCUUUCCACGCCGUAUCCAACAUCUGUAAACGACUCGUGUCUUCUGGUUUCACUCCAAUCUUUGAUCGUUCUCCCUCUUCCUUAUCCCCAGGUGGAAAAUAUUUUUACACCCGCAAUCAGUCUUCCAUCGUAGCAUUCACCUUACCUUCUCAACCUUCUUCCGACACGUACAUCUCUUUCGCUGUAGGUCAUCUCGACUCUCCCUGUCUCAAACUCCGACCCAUAAGCAAGAAAUCUAAAUUAGGGUAUUUACAAGUAGGCGUGGAACUUUAUGGAGGUGGUACUUGGCCUACAUGGUUUGAUCGAGAUCUUUCUUUAGCAGGAAGAGUCAUACUUUCCACUCCAGGUUUAGAAAAACCUUAUACAUCGAGAUUGGUGAAGAUCAAUCGACCAUUACUGCGUAUUCCACAUUUACCAAUUCAUCUCGAUAGGACUUUAGGAGAUUCUUUCAAGUUUAAUAAAGAGGCGGAGCUGGCACCGAUUUUAGGGUUGGUGAAUAAUCAAUUAAAUUCGACUGAAGGACUAUGGGGUUCGACAAUGGGUUCAGGAUUGGAAGUGGAGAAGGAGGAAAAUGAUGUGUCGGGAAUGAUGGGAAAACAUCAUCCGUUGUUGCUUGCUGCACUGGCGGAUGAGUUGGAAUGUGAAAUUGGUGAUAUUCAAGAUUUUGAGCUAUCGUUGUUUGACACUCAACCAUCCUGUGUGGGAGGAUUAUCAAACGAAUUCAUCUUCUCUCCUAGACUUGAUAACUUGACCACUUGCUACUCGACCAUCGAAGCACUCUGUGCGGUAUCAGAAACCACCGCCACCACCUCUUGCGAGAACAUACGCUGCGUGAUCUUAUUCGACAACGAAGAAGUAGGCAGUAUAUCCAACCAUGGUGCCGAAUCGAACCUCUUACCCGGCUUCGUGGACAAAAUUUGUUCUUUACCCGACUACCGAGAUAGAGGAGCAUACAAUUUACUCACGGGUUCAUUCUUGAUUUCGGCGGAUAUGGGACAUGCCAUAAAUCCCAAUUACGAGAAUAAAUAUGAGACCAAUCAUGCUCCUAGAUUAAACGGAGGUGUUGUCAUCAAAACCAACGCUAAUCAGAAAUAUACGAGCAAUGCUCAAACAACGUUUUUGUUGAGAAGAAUUGCCAAAGCUGCGAAUGUCCCAUUGCAAGAGUUUGAAAUUAGGAAUGAUUCGACAUGCGGUUCCACUGUCGGUCCUCAUCUUUCAACUCACGUCAGAACGGUCGACAUUGGUCUUGCUCAACUCGCUAUGCACUCUAUCCGUGAGACGGCAGGAUCAGGCGAUAUAAAACAUUAUAUCUCUUUGUUCCUCGAAUACUUUACUAAUUUUACCAAGUACGAUAGAGAGUUGAAAGUGGAUUGA